AUGCCAGAGACCAUAAAUGUGCGUGUCACUACAAUGGAUGCUGAGCUGGAGUUUGCCAUUCAGCCCAGUACAACCGGCAAACAACUCUUUGACCAAAUUGUUAAAACCAUUGGACUGAGAGAGAUCUGGUUCUUUGGACUUCAGUAUCAGGACAGCAAAGGCUUCUCUACAUGGCUGAAACUUAAUAAAAGGGUGACUGCCCAAGAUGUUCGGAAGGAAAAUCCACUGCUGAUUAAAUUCAGGGCAAAGUUCUAUCCCGAGGACGUAGCUGAAGAGUUGAUUCAGGAAGCUACACAACGGCUGUUCUUUCUUCAGGUGAAAGAGGGAAUUCUCAAUGACGAUAUCUACUGUCCACCUGAAACAGCUGUUCUUCUCGCCUCCUAUGCCAUGCAGAUGAAAUAUGGUGACUACAAUAACGAAUAUCACGUGCUUGGAUAUUUGUGCAGAGAAAAACUGCUGCCACAGAGGGUUUUAGAACAACACAAAUUGACUAAAGAACAAUGGGAGGAAAGAAUUCAAGUGUGGCAUGAUCAACACAAAGGCAUGCUGAGAGAAGAUGCGAUGAUCGAGUACCUAAAGAUCGCUCAGGAUCUGGAGAUGUAUGGAGUGAAUUACUUCAGCAUUAAAAAUAAGAAAGGAUCAGAGCUGUGGUUGGGUGUUGAUGCUUUAGGACUCAAUAUAUAUGAACGUUCAGACAAGUUGACACCAAAGAUCGGAUUUCCAUGGAGUGAGAUACGGAAUAUUUCUUUCAAUGACAAGAAGUUUGUCAUUAAGCCCAUAGACAAAAAGUCGCCGGACUUUGUAUUCUAUGCACCUCGUCUGCGCAUUAACAAGCGCAUUCUGGCUCUGUGCAUGGGAAAUCAUGAUCUGUACAUGCGACGCCGCAAGCCUGACACCAUCGAGGUGCAGCAGAUGAAAGCACAAGCCAGGGAGGAGAAAAGACUGAGACAACAAGAGAGGGCGCUUCUGGAAAAUGAGAAAAAAAGAAGAGAAAAUGCAGAGAAAGAGACUGAGAAGAUUGCAAGAGAGACGAUGGAGCUCAUGGAAAGGCUGCGACAAAUUGAAGAGCAAACCAAAAAAGCACAAGAGGAGCUUGAAGAGCAGACCAAGAGAGCGCUGGAGUUGGAGCGGGAGAGGAAGGCUGCUCAGGAAGAAGCUGAGAGACUGGAGAAAGACCGCAAGAUGGCAGAGGAGGCGAAGACAGCGUUACUGCAGCAAUCUGAGAACCAGAUCAAGAGCCAGGAGAACCUGGCAACAGAGCUGGCCGAUUUGACAUCUAAGAUCACUCUACUGGAAGAUGCCAAGAAGAAGAAAGAAGAUGAAGCCAGGAAGUGGCAGAGAAGGGCUGUUCUGGUGGAGGUAGACCUGGAGAAGACUAAAGAGGAGUUGAAGAGUAAGCUGAUCGGGGUUCACAUUCAGGCAACAUCUCAGACGGAGAAUGACCAUGAUGAGAAUGAUGAGAGCAGUGCAGAGGCCAGUGCUGAACUCACCUCUGCUGGAACGUAUCAAGACCGCAGCGAAGAGCAGCGAAUUACAGAGACAGAGAAGAACGAACGGCUACAGGAACGCCUACAGGCUCUGUGCUCGGAGCUGGCAUAUGCUCGUGAUGAGAGUAAGAAGACAAUGAAUGAUUUGAUUCAUGCUGAGAACAUGAGGUUGGGAAGAGACAAAUACAAAACCUUACGACAAAUCCGGCAGGGAAACACUAAACAGCGAAUUGAUGAGUUUGAGUCCAUGUGAUUUCCCAAAGUUUGUUUGUCUGUUAAUGUAUAAUGAUAAUCAAAUGCACAUGGCGGUGUGGACUGGAGUGUUUGUGUGUAAAUCAUAGCCAGUUAUGCUCAAGUGCUCUUAGUCUUUUGAUGUAGAUGUGUGCAACAAAGCUAAUAAAAAAUGUAA